CAGCAGAAAGUCCUCUUUACUUCUGAUACGGAAAGUUCUAUUUUUUAUCACAGUUCUGUAAAGUAUAUAAAAAGUUGGCUUGGUAAUCUGUAUUGUCACGUUCGUGUAAUUACAUCUAUGUACACAUUCACAGAGAUUUAGGAAGAUUCGUGCGUCAGUUCGAUGGAUAGUUGGACGACAGUAUUGUAACGACAACUUCACUUUCUUGAGUAUUGUGGGUGUAAAUUGGACUGAAUGUACAUCAUAUACACAUAAGUAAUCAUCAGCGUGGCGCGAUUUCAUCUAGAAUUAACGUCACAGCAUGGAAAAAUUGACAUGGAGUGUGAUUGUGUUACUGUUGUUUACUUUGGAGAUAAGAGCCUUCUAUGUUCCUGGAGUAGCUCCAGUCGAAUUCAAGAAAGGCCAAAAAAUAGAUGUAAAGGCUGUAAAAAUGACUAGUACUCAUACUCAACUACCAUAUGAGUAUUAUUCUUUGGAUUUUUGUAGACCCAAAAAUGGAACUUAUAUUUACAUGUCAGAAAAUUUGGGUGAAAUUCUUCGAGGUGAUCGAAUUGUAAAUACACCUUACGAAGUAGCUAUGGGUGAGGAUAUAAGCUGUAGAUUACUUUGUCAUUCACCCAAAAAUCCAAUGACUUGGGACGAAAAAACAUCAAAGACAGUUAUAGAACGAAUACAGCAUGAAUAUACCGUUCAUUUGUUAAUAGAUAAUUUACCAGCAGCAACAAAGAAGACACAUAAGGACGAUACCACAAUAGUUUAUUAUGGAUAUCGAUUAGGAGGUUUUAAAGAUGGCCAAUAUUUUAUAAAUAAUUUACUAACACUUAAAUUAAGUUAUCAUAAGCAUGGAGAGAACCAAUUUCGGGUAAUUGGCUUUGAAGUUGAUGCUCGAUCAGUAAAUUAUAAAGAAGUAGAAUUCGACGGAAAUAAAUGUCAAGCGCCUAACGACGCUUCACCUCAAUACGUCAGUCCAACAGGAACGAAUUUAUUGUUUUUAUACUCAGUGGAAUGGAAACAAUCAGAUAUUAGCUGGGCUAGCAGAUGGGAUGUUUAUUUAGGAAUUAAUGAUGUUGAAAUUCAUUGGUUUUCAAUUAUCAACUCACUUGUUGUGGUUUUCUUUUUAUCUGGUAUUCUUACUAUGAUCAUGGUAAGAACACUUAGAAGAGAUAUAGCACGUUAUAAUGCCGGAGAAAGUGAGAGUUUAGCUGGACUUGAUGAAUCAAUUGAAGAAAGUGGAUGGAAGUUAGUUCAUGGUGAUGUUUUUAGACCACCAACAAAUUCAAGAUUGUUUGCUGCAGUUAUUGGCAGUGGAAUUCAAAUAUUUUUCAUGGCUCUUAUAACAAUAUUUUUUGCUAUGCUGGGGAUGCUUUCUCCUGCAAGCAGAGGAGCUUUAGCAACGGGUGCGAUUUUUUUCUACGCAGUAUCUGGAUUAAUUGCGGGUUAUUUUUCUGCACGUUUAUACAAAACAAUUCGUGGAAGACAAUGGAAACGUGCAGCCUUACUAACAGCAACAUUUUAUCCUGGAAUAGUAUUUGGAACAUGCUUUUUUUUGAAUUUCUUCAUCUGGGGAAAACAUAGUUCCGGAGCAGUACCUUUCACUACUAUGUUAUCACUUUUAUGUCUUUGGUUUGGCAUUUCUCUUCCUCUCGUUUACCUUGGAUACUUUUUUGGAUACAGAAAACAAGCAUUUACCCAUCCAGUACGAACUAAUCAAAUACCAAGACAAGUUCCUGAUCAAGUGUGGUAUUUAAAUCCAGUUUUAUGCACAUUAAUGGCAGGAAUUCUACCAUUCGGAGCAGUUUUUAUUGAACUAUUUUUUAUCUUGACUGCAUUUUGGGAAAAUCGAUUUUAUUAUUUAUUUGGUUUCCUAUUUCUUGUGUUUUGUAUACUUGUUAUUUCUUGUUCACAAAUAUCAAUUGUCAUGGUUUACUUUCAAUUGUGUGGAGAAGAUUACAGGUGGUGGUGGAGAAGUUUUAUUGUUAGUGGCGGUUCAGCUGUUUACGUAUUAGCUUACUCGGUUUUCUAUUUUAUGACAAAAUUAGAAAUAUCUGAAUUAGUGCCAACAUUAAUGUACUUCAGUUACACAGGACUUAUGGUGCUCACAUUUUGGUUAUUAACCGGAACAAUUGGGUUCUUCGCAGCCUAUGCGUUUAUUCGUAAAAUUUACGCAGCUGUAAAAAUUGACUAGUCGAAUUUAUAUGAUAAUAAUAAAAAAAAAUUACAACAUUUCCUCAUAUUUUUUUCAAUAGUAUUGUAAAAUAAUUCAAGGCAUUUUUUAUUAGCUUUCAAACUUAUAAUUAUU